GUUUGUCUACCUACUUGUUCGUGUCAGUGUGUGUGAGUGUUUCCUUCAACAUUUUUUUCUAAUUGUGAGUAUAGCUGACCUAGUUGACCCUUGAUGAUAGUUAGCUAGCUGUCAACAGCACUCGUAUAUGAUAUUGUCCAAGGUCAAGAUCUAGAGAACAAAGGUGUACUAGAAACAAUUGAAAGAUGAAACUCAGGAUCCAUUAUUAUUUCAAGAGUGAAACAAAGAAUGUGAGUACACUAGAAUUAAUUGAUGCUAAAGCCCCCUUAUAUAGUAAACACAAAACCCCUAAUAAUAAUAGGAAACAGAAAGCUAAAAGCUAAUAUAGUUAACCCUUGUUUAGGAAAUACGACCUAUGUCCCGGCUUAAGGUUCCCGUUAAAAAAUGACACGUUUGUUUUGAUGUUAAGUAUUUGUCCCACACCGGAAAUCUAUAAAAUAAUAAAACACUAUAUGAGACUUUGGGCUAAUCCUCCUAUCAGCGUUGACCUUUUAGGAUGGAGCCCCAAGUCUUAACAUGGUACUAAAGCCAAAUCGAUCCAUGGUGUAGGCCCCUGUGAAAAAUGAUGACACAAUUAAAAAAAAUGACAAUGACAAACCGACAAAAAAAUGAAUGACGACAUGAUCCGGGCGAAGUGUCUAGUCAUGAGGAGGGGUGUUGAAGUCCCACACCGGAAAUUUAUAAAGUAAUAAAGUGUUAUAUUAAGAUCCGGACUCCUCCUCUUAUUAGGUUGACCUUUUAGGAUGGAACCCCGAGUCUUCACAUGUUAUCAAAGCCAAGUUCGGUUGUGGUUUGACUACUUGUUUAGUACCCAUGAUUAAGGGUAGCUUGUUAAGAGCUUGUUUGGACCAUUUAUAAACCCCGAUAUUGUCCAGCCCGGUUCGGACUGAGGGGUGUGUUAAAGCAUUUGUCCCACACCGGAAAGCUAUAAAAACAAUUAAGCACUAUAUAAAGCUAUUAAAUGUGACAUCUUUACUUCUUAUUCCUUUCAUAUGUUUUAGUUAGAUGGAUGAUCCACUUAUUCACACUUGAAUCUGACUUUCAUCCAAACAUGAAUUCCAGCUUUGUAACUCUUCGAUUCUGCAUGCCAAUGCCCGUGCUGUGUUGUUGAUUUUUUAAGUUUCUGCUGCUGCUGUUGCCUUCCAUUUUGGUUUAUUCAUACUUUUUAUUCUCCCAUCUCAUAUUAUAUCUCAUUCAAUAGGUCUUAGCUGGAAACAUGAUUACUUGAGUUAUUUGACUUACCUUUGACAGGCAUUUCAUGUUUGCUCCUUGAGAAGAGUUUAACUUGUGCACAUUCUUUCUGGAUUUUUACCCAUUCACUGGGCUUUUAAGUAUAUGAUUUUUGUGUUAAACAGUCUCAGACGUGAGAAAAACAUCUCCUCCCACUUGUAUGUACUUUGUGAUGCCUGGAAAGUAACUAUUCUAGAAUUAUUCUUUAAUGGUUUUAGUUUCUUGUUAUGUUCAACUUAUUCUCGCCCAUCUUUUCUCCUGAUUUCUUCCUUAAUUAGCUUUAUGCUCUGGAAUGGACUUUCAGCUCUGUUGCAAUUUUCAAGUUCAUUUUUUCCAUAUUGUUAUUACUCUCAUGUUCCAUGAUACGGGGAUUGAUUACUCCGGUACCCUCCUAAAAAAUGGGGUACCAUACCUACCAUUCAUUUGAUUGGACUACAUUACUUUAUCAUUUUUAAUUUAGAUUUAAAUAAUUCAACUGCUACAUUUUCAUUGGUCCAUUUGGACAAAGGUAUGGUACCUUAUGGGUACCAUAGAAUCUACCUUGAUUUUAAUAUAUGAAAUUGUAGCAGAAUGUGAGUCACAUGACUCUCAACAAAAAUUGCUCUCAUGCGAUAUUUUCCACUCAAGUAAAAAAAUCUAUAAUGUGAAGGUUUUAGAAUUUUCAACUCAUUCCUUCAGAAGGCUGCCUAAAGGUCUAAAACUUGUAAUUAUGUUAUAGUUUUUGCAUGAGAUGCAGUGUUAACUAAUUUUUACUAUUCAAUUGACCCUAGUUUGUUGAUGUUUUCGUUCUAUUUGUUCAAAUUGUCAUGAUGAUGGGAUUUCGCCGAUGUGUUUCUAUUAGGAAGAAUGUGGUGCCUUGCUGCUUUAGUACGAUGGGAAGAGCUUAACAAUCUUUGCAAGGAAUACUGGACUUCAGCUGAAUCAGCUGCUCGAUUGGAAAUGGCGCCAAUGGCUGCAAGUGCUGCUUGGAACAUGGGUGAAUGGGAUCAGAUGUCAGAAUAUGUGUCUCGUCUUGAUGAUGGUGAUGAAACUAAACUUCGAGUGUCUGGAAAUGCUACUACUAGUUGUGAUGGAUAUAGUAGUGGAGCAUAUUUAAGGGCUGUUCUACUUGUUUGCAGGGGAAAGUAUGAUGAAGCGCGUGAAUAUGUUGACAGAGCAAGAAAAUGUUUGGCUACAGAGCUUGUUGCAUUGUUGAGGUGAAUGAAUGUUCUGAAGACACACAAGAGUAAAUUGAUUAAUGAAGAGAAGAGCACUUCUUUUCAAUUUUGGUGAGGAAAUAAACCUUCCAAGUUCCAAUUAUAAACUGGCGGCUUUUCAACUUCAAUGAAGUUCCUCAAAUGUCUACAUUGCACACCCCUGCUGCAGUCAACAGUGAGGAAUCUGCUUCCAAUGAGCUAUUUCAACCACAAAGAGGUGCCAGGGAGAAGGAAUUGCUUCAGGCAGUUGGCCAACUUGGAGAUGCCAAUGAGGUUCUGAAUGAGUGUGUUGUAGCUGUAAUGGCUAGAAUGAGCAACAAGCUCACCGGGCGUGAUUUCUCUACUUCCCCUCCACCUAUCAGCUCUGCACAGCAUGUGUUGGGCGGGCCAUAGCACCUUGAUUUCUGGAGAGAUCCGUGAAUCCGAUCAUGGUUUAUCAGUCAAAUCGCAAGUACAAAAGCUUAUUCUACAAUCAACAUCACAUGAAAACUUGUGUCAGAAUUAUGUCGGGUCAGAAUUCCACAACAAAUUACAGAAAGAGAACAAGAAAUCAAACGGAUUUUAUUAGAGAAGAAGAUGAACAGUACAGAAAUCCAAGGCCGAAGCCCCCAAUUGAGCCGAAGCCCCCCAAAGAAAGAGAAAAGCUCUCGAUCUUCCCAAGUCUACGUCCAAAAGCCUGCUUUCCCUUCCCAGCCUUCCUUCUAUUUAUAGUAGUCUAAUACACUUAUUAUUAUUCUUGCUCUAAUAGGCCCAAUUCCUAUCAGUCUAUUAGGCCCAAUUCCUAAUAUAGGUAGAUCCCUAACAAUACUCCCUCCCUAAACAUCCACCUUGCCCUCAAGGUGGGCGGUAGGAGACAGCCAAGAUCUUUUUCCCCUUCUUCUUCCUUGCACUUCUACCUUCCCAAUAUCUCACUGGUUUCCGAGCAAAGAGCUUCCGUAUUAGAUCUUCACAUCUCUGAGAUGUUUCUGCAGCAUAGAAUGUUUCUGGUGAAGUAUCUUUCACUUUCUUAGUCUUCAGGCCUUCAAUAGCCAACCAUAUUUUCAUUCUUUCCUGAGGUAUAUCCAUUACAACAACAGCAGAAUUUAUAUUCAUGUCCUGAACAUCAGGAUUCUCAUCCCUUUUAACCUGCUCAACUCCAUUUGACUUUUCUCCCUUUGAGUUAGGCUUGACAUCAAAUUUCUGUGGUUCUAUCAUGCUUUUCAGUAAUAUAAUGCAAUGUCAUCCACUGCUGCACUUUGAGUACACCCAACAUAAUGCCACCCUACCACUUCCCUAGAAAUCCCCCACCAAAAACUCUCUGCCACUGCACAUUUCUCAAAAGGAGAGUCCAUUUUCAAAAUGGUACAAUCUUUGCUACUAUAAAGAAACACAUAAACCAAGCAACACUUUGAGGCUGAGAAUACAAAAUCAGCUCCUGCAUCAUCAAGUACAUCAGCCCUACUUAUUUGGUUCCAUCGUUUCUUGUCAGAUGAGGGAAGUUCGUUUUUUCUAAAAGAACUCAAAUCUUUGCUGCUAUUCUUCAGGUUGGAGGAAUCAUGAAGCAUAGAAUCCAAAUUGAGGUAGCAGCAUCCUUUGCGAUUUUUCCAAAAACAAAAAACUUCUAUGACAGGAAAAGAAUAACCCUCCAUUCCCCUCUGCAAUCCUCUGUCCAGAGUUGUAAGGAAAAGGAUAAUACCUUCAGAUUGUCCCAAAUGGAUCAACCAUUUUAUCCCUCUAAUCGCAUCAGUUACAAGAAAUACCUCCUUCCCUUGAAAUAUAGGACUUGACUUCCCCAUAAUUUGCACGCUCAACUCCUUCUGAAUAUGCUUUAUAGAAGUAACAACAUCAAAUGUGAAACAAUCAAUCUUAUUCAGUCCUUCCAAACUAUUAUCUGGUAAACAUUGAAUUGGUUUAAGUAUUUCUAAACCUUCCUUAUUGUCUGAAGAAAAUCUCAUAGAUGGAUUAACCUCCUCUUCAGAGUCUGAUUCUGUAACUGAAGGGACCACCAGGUUUAAUUCUGUGUUCAUUCUUGUUGGUGGGGUCCCCUGGAAUUCUUUUUCUAAUGCGCCUAUGUCAAAAGUUCUUGAAGCCGAUGACCCUUGUGAACGGUGUGGAACCACAAGCGAUGAUGAUCUGUGUGCUGACGAGCGGUGAGAGUCCGCAAGUGAAGAAGCAUGUGAACUGAAAGAAUAGCUCAGCGACAAAGGUGAAGAUUCUUCUCUCACUCCUGUCUUUCUUGGACGCGAACUGAUAGCCGGUGAAGAAUUCUGUGAAUGAUGAUGCGAAGAGCUAUGAGAAGAGCGAUGAGAAGAGGUACGCGAAGAGCGGUGCCAAGAACUAUGCGAAGAUUGAUGCGAAGUUCGCGACUGCGGACUCUGAUAAGAAACAGAUCGCGACUCUGCUCGCGAUAGCGGAUGACGCCUACUGUCCCUCGUUCGGUCGUCAGAUUUUCUGUGAUGCCUUCUCUCUUUGGAUUCUUCUGGAUUCGCUGACUUUCGCGUGUGAUGGUGAGAGUCGCGAUGUGAUGAUUGUGACACAUGCGAUCGGUUUCGCGACCGACUUUGAAGUCUGUUCUGCACAUCUGCGAUGCUAGCUAGUAUCGCGGCUUCCAUCACAGCCAGAUUUGCCUCCAUAUCCGUCUGGAACUUCCGCAGACUUCUAUCCAUAUUCCUUCCAAAUUCUACCAAAUUUUCCUCAACUUUGUUGAUUCGUCUUUCCAUCCUUGCGAGCGUGUAACUCAUCCAGCGAACGACUCGCUUCUAUACCAAUGAUAGAAACCUCCAGAAUUCCACAACAAAUUACAGAAAGAGAACAAGAAAUCAAACUGAUUUUAUUAGAGAAGAAAAUGAACAGUACAGAAAUCCAAGGCCGAAGCCCCCAAUUGAGCCGAAGCCCCCCAAAGAAAGAGAAAAGGUCUCGAUCUUCCCAAGUCCCAGAUAAUACGUCCAAAAGCCUGCUUUCCCUUCCCAGCCUUCCUUCUAUUUAUACUAGUCUAAUACACUUAUUAUUAUUCUUGCUCUAAUAGGCCCAAUUCCUAUCAGUCUAUUAGGCCCAAUUCCUAAUAUAGGUAGAUCCCUAACAUGUGCCCGGUUUGGUAGGUGGUCUGGAGAAGUUGAGGUACCUGCUUGUCUUUGUGUGUAUUAUUAUUAAACAUAGUAAAUAAAUACUCUGCAACUGUUGUACUAGAUUGAGAAUAUGUUUUCCUGUACAGAAACUUUGUGAAAAGUGAUAAAGAUAUAACGUAAGGGUGAAGCAAGUCUUGUAAAUAAGUGUCUCUCUACUCUUCCCAAUGUCAACUAGAAUCUCAUAGUUCACACAGAAUAUAUAAAUUGUUCCGUUUUUUCGUGAUGUUUUCCCCCUUUGUUUAUGCAGGGUUCCAGGGCUUUUGACCAUUGUAAAUAAGAUGUAAUCUAACUGGAUUGAUUGUAGAGGACAUAUCAUUUUCAAAUUUGGCUGGGUGCAUGACUCUAAAAUUUCCUUUUUUUGAUGAGCGAUGUAAUUAUUCCAUGUCAUCUUACAUGUUAAGGAAAUUUUUGAGCGUUAACUGGAAACUUGAACUUGGAAACCAUAAUUUUGUUAUUAACUGUGGUGAGAGCAGAGCCAAUAGUGGCACAUUGAAGCUCAGUUUAUGAUUAACAAGUGCUUUAGGAAAUAGGAAGUACUAGAUUUGUUCUACUUUCCUCUGAUUAUGAUGUUGUAAAGGUUAUUUUGGAUUGAA